ACGAAGUCCCUGACCAUCUGUUCAUCAGUGCUCUAUUCAUUAACACCAAGGGAGGUUGUCACAUCUGGCUCAGCCACAUGGCAACCAUCCACGGCGUCCAGGUUUCAGACAUGUACAAGAAGGUCUCCUGGGAGGACAUGACAAAGGAAUGGAAGAAGUGGUUCAUCGUCGACGACGCCCCGGCACUUGCCGUCAACCGCAUCUUCACAAUGGCUCAAGGGAGCACACCGACACGUGACUGGCUCACGGAUUGGCAGACAAUCGUGGCGACGCCCGAUUUGGACUUGUCAUUUCCGCAUCUGCGGCGUGAGUUCUACAACAGGUCAUGUGCCGCUCUCAGCCUCGCACUUGGUGAUCGCGAGCAGUACAACACUUUCGCAGAGAUCAUCAACAAGGCGAGAGAGCUCAUCAAGACUAACAGGCCGGCUGCACACGAGAAGUCCACGUGGCAGCCCACCUAUGUGGAGAAGGUACGAACUAGUCCGCGACAGCAGCAGUUCGCUGCAGUCCAGUCGGACAGUGGAGAUAACCCAGCAGCCACUCCAGCAUCAAGUGACGGAGAUCAGGUGGCUGCUGUCCAGCCGCGAAGCAACAAAAUACAAGGUCCGCGGCCGCUAUGGAAGCUGCUACUGGUGCAACAGCACCAAGCACAAGACCUCCCUGUGCCAAGAUCAGGGCAAGGAGGAUGUGCGACACCGCCUCAGCUCGGGAAACUGAGCUCCGCGGAAGGUGAGGCGACUCCACCUUCUACUCCGCCAGAUUCGGCCGCCUUCCUAGCGGACUCCUGCACAUCUGGGGAGGAUGCGAAUGUCGCAAGUCCUCGGUAUACUUACGAGGAUUAUGCUGUCCACCUGGUUCCACCGCUCCACAUGCAACAGUCCACCGCAUGCACGGUUUCAUCACCAUCAGCAACCGAUUCAGCAGCUUCGCCGCAAUCUAUCGUCGGGGAUUCGACGGCAUGGUCAAGACUUGAAGAGCUCGACCCAUUGACGUUCACGGACUUCCAGUGGAUGCCCAUUCCCUCGACCGGACGAUUGCCGAAACCGCAUUGCAACGUGCUUAUGGCACAACUGCAGGACUACUUCCACACUGCAGUACCAGCUCCGUUGAUGGACGCCGGAGCAGAGGUUGUCAACCUUCACGCUUACAUCGCCAAGAUCGAUCAGCAGUUCAAGACGCAACGGUACGACGACAUCGACGCACCAUUGCUGUACAUACGCAUUCAGAUCGGAGAGGCGACCUACAGUGCCUUGAUCGAUUGCGGAGCGUCUCGCAACUACAUCAGCCAGGACUUCAUGGUGCACACCGGCCUUGGCCCACUCGUCCGGAGGAAGUCCCAGCCUACGCAAGUCACGUUGGCGGACGGUCACACGCACAAGUCAAUCGACCGGGGCAGUGACAACGUCCCAGUGUACUUUGCCCCUCACACAAGUGAGGUGGUGUCCUUUGACAUUCUAGACACCAAAUUUGACAUGAUCUUGGGCAUGUCAUGGCUGCGAAGCGAGGAUCACCCGAUGAACUUCUUCCACCGCACCGUUCACAUUCGUGAUCGGAACGGAGUACUAGUUCCAUGCACGGUGCCUCUUCCUCAUCCUUCGAUCAGCUGCCAUGUGGUAUCCGCCAAAAGCAUGCGAGCUUCCAUCAUCAGAAACGACAUCGAGGAGAUGGGGGGGUGUUUUCUCCACGCCCUCCCGCCCCAUGACGCUUCAUCGACGCACUCACCUUCGGAUUCACGCAUCACCGAACUUCUCGACGCCUACAGCGACGUGUUCGAAGGCCCGCACGGAGUAGUACCGGAUCGACCCAUCCGCCACGAGAUCAUCCUCGAGGACGGGGCCCAGCUACGACAGGCCAAGUACAAAGCAAACCGCGACAAGUGCGAGUUCGCACAACAGGAGCUGGAGUACUUGGGACACUAUGUGACGCCGCAAGGCAUCCGUCCGCUUGCGGACAAGACCGAGGCCCUACGAGUAUGGCCCGAGCCCACCAACACCACGGACGUUCGUUCAUUCAUGGGGUUGGCGGGCUACUAUCAGCGAUUCAUCACCGGAUACUCCAGGAUUGUUGCGCCUAUGACGAGGUUACAGUCGCCAAAGGUGCGAUUCGUAUUCGAUGACGGCGCACGCCGGUUAUUCAAAGCACUUAAGACGGCUAUGCUCAUGGCACCCGUCCUUAGUAUCUAUGACCCCACCCUGCCGACGCGAGUGACUACGGACGCUUCCGGCUAUGGCAUUGGGGCAGUCUUGGAACAACACGACGGCGACGACUGGCACCCUGUGGAGUAUUUCAGCCACAAAGUGCCUCCCAUCAACUCGCUUGAUGAUGCAAGGAAGAAGGAGCUGCUCGCAUUCGUGAUGGCUCUCAAGCGCUGGCGGCACUUCCUCCUUGGGCGUCGUAGGUUCACACGGGUCACAGACAGCAAUCCAUUGACCUACUACAAGAUGCAGGACACGGUGAGCAGCACGAUCGGACGAUGGAUGUACUUCAUCGACCAAUUUGACUUCACACCGAAACAUGUCCCUGGCCUCUCCAAUCGAGCAGCAGAUGCACUCUCGCGAAGAUGAUCUUUGCGCGAUGACACAUCAUGCCUUCGCAUUCAACGAGGAGCUUUAACGACACUUCAUCCAGGCAUAUCAGUCUGAUCCGGACUUCGGCACGCUCUAUGCACAGCUAUC